AUGUCGCACCUUGCACUUCAGCUUGUUGAUAGCCUUUUGGCUGCGUACGAAGCUGAAGACAACGACAUCACCCUUCUUCGUGGCUACUUCGAAGAGAAUGUUGACAAUGUCAAUGGAAAUGCUUUGGCGUCGCAAGUACUUGGGAUUGUACUUGAGUCAAUUGAGUCGAACCCAGCGACGACCACGCUUCAUCGCCGUGUUGUCAAGAAUCUAAUUUCUCUACUUCAAGACCAGGCAACCGAAACCGAUACCCACAAGUCGGGCAACUCUGCCGUUGCUGACAGUCGUGGCCGAAUGUCUGGUAAUCAAGCUGUUCUUGAUGGUGUUGCUAAUAGAAGCUCCCCGUUUGCUUCUUUUCAUGUUGGGAAUUUGUUCCCUUCCACGCCGCGCGCCGCGCCGUCUCAUGCUGUUGCCCUUCCAGCAACUGUGGCCCCCGCGAAUGGGGCUACAGUUGCUAUUUCUUCGGCCCCUACCGCCCCUACCAAUGGUAACCGUAACGCCCCUAUAUUCGGUACUCAGAACUCGUCCGUGGUCGCACCCGAGCCCCGUUCUAGCGUCAAGGGAGUCACUGAGAUGGAGAGUACUGUGGGAUUCCAGGUAAUACUUCCAGCAGGAAUGCGAAAUGGCCUACCUCCAUCUACUAACAGAAGUACUCUCCCUCUCCACCAGGAGCAAGAGAAGGCUUCCAUCCCCUCUUCUCAGCGCAAAGACGACCCUGAGAAGCCCGCUAGGCCCGCGAAUUGGAUCCCGCCCCAUUUGAGAGGGCCUGACCCCGAGCGAAUAAGACGAAUGAGGGAGAAAGCAAAUGAGGAGUUGUGCAUGACCGAUAAAUUGGCACGUCUCAAGUUUAGCCCGGAAGGAAGCGCUACCGAGAACAAAGAGAAAGAGCGCAAGAACGCACGAGCGAAGUUCGAGGAGAAUAUCAAUCGCCAUCUAGCACGCCGAGAGGGACGCUCGAGCCUAACCAACCAUUCAGUUAGCCAGCAGGCUACGGCUACGGCUGCGGAUCCUGCUCCUGCCCCUGCUCUCCAAGGCCGGGCUGAUAGUGUAGAGAGGGCACCUGAAUCCACCGAAGAGACGCCCAAAUCUGUGGGAUGGACUCCGCCUAAGCUACGGGAGCGCGAUCCCAAUGCCCGCGCGGUCUUGCCUGCCGAUACGUUAAGCGAGUAUGAUCUGUCCGACGAUGACCCUACCAUUCCUCGGGUCAACAGAGAGAGUCCUGGUGAACGGAGUCGACCUCAACAGCAGAAUGGUAGUAGUUACCCCGGAGGAAGCACCCGUUGGGCAUAG